AUGUAUACAGAUACCAAAAGACGCAGUGGAACGGACUACCAGCUGAAGGUUUUUGGACUGAUCGCUCUACAGGCCAUUUCAUUACAAGAUGAAAAAUGGGAAUUAUCAACAGAGAAUGAGAAUGCAGGAAAAUUUGAUGAUGUUGUUUUGGAAAGUGGAGAUGGUGGAAUAGAUAUUUUGAUUCAAUGCAAACAUAAAAAAGGAAAGAAAAAAUCAAAGGAUCCGGUACUCGAUUGGAAAACCCUCCUUCCGGAAUAUUACAACUCCUAUAAGAUGAAAAUCUGUAACUCAUUCAAACGGCAGCUAUUGAUGAUAUUAUGCUCAAAUAUUGGUCCUUCGGAUGGUGAUUUCCUUGAACCCAUGAAGAUUACUAUAAUACCAGGAAAGUACAAAUCUUAUCAAUUCAAAAGCUCAAAAAUAAAAGAGAUUCAAGGAAUAUUGAAUGCAAUUGAUGAUCAUUCCCUGAAAUUUUGUGGGGAAUUUAGGUUUCUUCAUAUCGACGAUUUAGCAAUAGAAGACGGCAUUAAAAACAAACUAGAAGAAGCACAGAAAAUGUUUGGUUUGAAAUUUUCUAAACUUCAUUUUAGAGAGAAAAUAGACGAGUUCUUUCAGGGAAAACUGCAAAAAGAAAGACGUAUCAAAAAGUCGCACGUUAUAGCUUUUUUAUACGACUCGCGAAGUCAGGAUUACCUGGAAAAACUAGAUUCUUUUGAAAUAGACUUCAAGGAAUUAUAUGCCUUUGGUGAUAAUCAAAUAACCAAUAUUGUAUCAAAUUAUCAUUUCUUAAAUAUACUCAAGAUCCAUAGAAGCUUACUGAGAGUUCAUAGCCCCAGCAAAAACGACCAACUUUACAAAAAAGAUCAACUUCUGUUCAUCGAUCCAAGUGAUGGAACCGAAAUUUUGGACAAAAUAAUAGCAUCAUUUGAGCUUCCUGUAUACUGCAUACUUGUCGUUUCCUUCAGAAACUCUGAUCAAUUUCGUAUAAUUCAAUCACGUAUAAAUAAUAUAUUAAAUAGACAACAAUACAAGAAAGUCAUAAUUGUGUCAAAAGUCCCAAUACAGGAUGAUGUAAAUCAGGAUGAAAUAAAAUUUACUGAUCUAACAGAAGCAUGCCAAACUACCCUUUUGUCAAAAAAAGUUAAUUUUCAAGGAAAAGAUCUGCCUAUCAAAGAGCUCAUGAUUAAUUCAUUGAAUAACAUUGAUUUUAUAAUAGACCAGGCAACUAUUAUCAACUUGAUAAAUGAUGAAAAUAUCACAAUAGGUAGAGCCAUUAGAGACUUGGGUGCAAUUGAGCAUUAUUACAUGGAGAGAAAAUUUAUACUCGAGACUGAAGACAAGUUAUAUGAGUUCACAGAACAAGAUGUCUGCAAUUUCGUUGGUCAACCUGGAAAAUUCGUUUUAAUUUCUGAUGGAGCAGGAAAGGGCAAAACUACUGUCUUAACUAAACUUGGGUUUUUAAUAAAAAAAAUAUAUCCCAGUUCUUUCCUCAUAACAAUUGAUCUGAAUAUGUUUACCAGCAUAUUUAGAGAAUUUAAAACAGCGAAAAAGAAAUCAAUUAAUUUAGAAGAGAUACUACAGUCAAAAGAUAAGAAUUAUUUUAAAAAUAGUUUAGAACAAAAUAUUUUCUCAAAUACAAAAAACAUCAUCCUGAUGGUCGAUGCUGUGGAUGAAAUAAGUCCGGACUACACUAAACUAGUUAACAAUUUUAUGCUUCAAACGUCUGAACGUGAAAAUAUUUCUAAAAUAUUUGUUACAACUCGUCCUCAUUUAAAGAAGGAUUUGCAAUCCUUCCUGAAAACUGAAUCAUAUCAAUUACUUCCAUACUCAAAAUUAGAACAAACUGAUUUUCUCAUGAAAUAUUGGAAGCAGAACCUCACAAUAGAUGAUGAUGAAAAGUUAACUAAAUGUGAGAUUUAUGCAAAAACAUUGAUAAGCAAACUAGGAAAUUCGAUAGGAUACACCUCUUGGAAUUUCAUAGGCAUUCCACUUCAGACCAGAAUGAUUGCGGAAAUAUUUCAGGGCUCUGAUGACAAGAAAUACCAGUGGGUGUGUUGUAAAGAUUUUUUACUAUCUGAAAAUGGGACCUUGGAAUUACCAGAUAAGAUAAACAUAACUGAAUUAUACGAUAUGUUUGUGGAGAAGAAAAAAGAUAUCUUCAUCGAAGAUAAAUGCGAUACUCAAGGAAAUGUAAAAGCAAAGGAGAUUAUUUCGAAAAUCUAUGAAGAUUAUAUAAAUGAGCACCAAAAACUUGCUGCUGGACUAUUACUUAAUGAUCAUCAAUAUUCAUUGAUGAAUGUUUCCAAAUAUGUUAACAAUAGCUCCAAGGAAACUAUCAUCGGAAUGGGAAUGUUACAAGAAAUUGGAGACGAGCUAUUGUUCGUUCAUCAAACAUUCGCUGAAUAUUUUUUGGCUAAGGCAAUGUGGGUACAAUUGAAAGAGAUUGCAAAACGCAACAAAUUUGUGAUUUUCCUUUUGAAAGACUUGUUUAUACACCCGGGAUUUGAAAUGAUCAGAGCUUUUUUUGAGGGCAUCCUCACCAACGAAUACUCCCAAAUCCCAAUGAAGGUUUUUGAAAUUUGCGGUUCAACAUUUGACUCUAUAACUUGGGAUCACUACAACAAAAUGAACAUUUUAGUAAGAGAAGGCCGCAAAAAUAUUUUGAAACUAAUACUAGAGAAGAGACGCAGUGGAACGGACUACCAGCUGAAGGUUUUUGGACUGAUCGCUCUAGAGGCCAUUUCAUUACAAGAUGAAAAAUGGGAAUUAUCAACAGAGAAUGAGAAUGCAGGAAAAUUUGAUGAUGUUGUUUUGGAAAGUGGAGAUGGUGGAAUAGAUAUUUUGAUACAAUGCAAACAUAAAAAAGGAAAGAAAAAAUCAAAGGAUCCGGUACUCGAUUGGAAAACCCUCCUUCCGGAAUAUUACAACUCCUAUAAGAUGAAAAUCUGUAACUCAUUCAAACGGAAGCUAUUGAUGAUAUUAUGCUCAAAUAUUGGUCCUUCGGAUGGUGAUUUUCUUGAACCCAUAAAGAUUACUAUAAUACCAGGAAAGUACAAAUCUUAUCAAUUCAAAAGCUCAAAAAUAAAAGAGAUUCAAGAAAUAUUGAAUGCAUUUGAUGAUCAUUCCCUGAAAUUUUGUGGGGAAUUUAGGUUUCUUCAUAUCGACGAUUUAGCAAUAGAAGACGGCAUUAAAAACAAACUAGAAGAAGCACAGAAAAUGUUUGGUUUGAAAUUUUCUAAACUUCAUUUUAAAGAGAAAAUAGACGAGUUCUUUCAGGGAAAACUGCAAAAAGAAAGACGUAUCAAAAAGUCGCACGUUAUAGCUUUUUUAUACGACUCGCGAAGUCAGGAUUACCUGGAAAAACUAGAUUCUUUUGAAAUAGACUUCAAGGAAUUAUAUGCCUUUGGUGAUAAUCAAAUAACCAAUAUUGUAUCAGAUUAUCAUUUCUUAAAUAUACUCAAGAUCCAUAGAAGCUUACUGAAAGUUCAUAGCCCCAUCAAAAAUGACAAACUUUACAAAAAAGAUCAACUUCUGUUCAUCGAUCCAAGUAAUGGAAGUGGAAUUUUGGACAAAAUAAUAGCAUCAUUCGAGCUUCCUGGAUACUGCGUACUUGUCAUUUCCCUCAGAAACUCUGAUCAAUUCCGUAAAAUUCAAUCCCGUAUAAAUGAUAUAUUAAAUAAACAACAAUACAAGAAAGUCAUAAUUUUGUCGAAAGUCCCAAUCCAGGAUGAUUCAAUUCAGGAUGAAAUCAAAUUUACUGAUCUAACAGAAGCAUGCCGAACUACCCUAUUGUCAAAAGAAGUUAAUUUACAAGGAACAUAUCUGCCUAUUAAAGAGCUCAUCAAUAAUUCAGUGGAAAAUAUUGAUUCAAUAAUAGACCAGGAAACUAUUAUUGACUUGAUGUAUGGUGAAACUAUCCAAAUAGGUACAGCCAUUAGAGACUUGGGUGAAAUCGAGCAUUAUUACAUAGAGAGAAAAUUCAAGCUCGAAAAAAUGGUGUUCACGGAACAAGAUAUUUGCAAUUUCAUUGGUCAACCUGGAAAAUUCAUUUUAAUUUCUGAUGGAGCAGGAAAGGGCAAAACUACUGUCCUAACUAAACUUGGAUAUUUAAUAAAAAAAAUAUAUCCCAGUUCUUUCCUCAUAAGAAUUGAUCUGAAUAUGUUUACCAGCAUAUUUAAAGAAUUUCAAACAGCGAGUAAGAAAUCAAUUAAUUUAGAAGAGAUACUACAGUCAAAAGAUAAGAAUUAUUUUAAAAAUAGUUUAGAACAGAAUGUUUUCUCAAAUACAAAAAACAUCAUCCUGAUGGUCGAUGCUGUAGAUGAAAUAAGUCCGGACUACACUAGUCUAGUUAACAAUUUUAUGCUUCAAACGUCUGAACGUAAAAAUAUUUCUAAAAUAUUUGUUACAACUCGUCCUCAUUUAACGAAGAAUUUGGAAUCCUUCCUGAAAACUGAAUCAUAUCAAUUACUUCCAUACUCAAAAUUAGAACAAACUGAUUUUCUCAUGAAAUACUGGAAGCAGAACCUCAUAAUAGAUGAUGAUGAAAAGCUAACUAAAUGUGAGAUUUAUGCAAAAACAUUGAUAAACAAACUAGGAAAUUCGAUAGGAUACACCUUUUGGAAUUUCAUAGGCAUUCCACUCCAGACAAGAAUGAUUGCGGAAAUAUUUCAGGGCUCUGAUGACAAGAAAUACCAGUGGGUGUGUUGUAAAGAUUUUUUACAAUGUGAUAAUGAGACCUUGGAAUUGCCAGAUAAGAUAAACAUAACUGAAUUAUACGAUAUGUUUGUGGAGAAGAAAAAAGAUAUCUUCAUCGAAGAUAAAUGCGAUACUCAAGGAAAUGUAAAAGCAAAGGAGAUUAUUUCGAAAAUCUAUGAAGAUUAUAUAAAUGAGCACCAAAAACUUGCUGCUGGACUAUUACUUAAUGAUCAUCAAUAUUCAUUGAUGAAUGUUUCCAAAUAUGUUAACAAUAGCUCCAAGGAAACUAUCAUCGGAAUGGGAAUGUUACAAGAAAUUGGAGACGAGCUAUUGUUCGUUCAUCAAACAUUCGCUGAAUAUUUUUUGGCUAAGGCAAUGUGGGUACAAUUGAAAGAGAUUGCAAAACGCAACAAAUUUGUGAUUUUCCUUUUGAAAGACUUGUUUAUACACCCGGGAUUUGAAAUGAUCAGAGCUUUUUUUGAGGGCAUCCUCACCAACGAAUACUCCCAAAUCCCAAUGAAGGUUUUUGAAAUUUGCGGUUCAACAUUUGACUCUAUAACUUGGGAUCACUACAACAAAAUGAACAUUUUAGUAAGAGAAGGCCGCAAAAAUAUUUUGAAACUAACAAUAGAGAAGAGACGCAGUGGAACGGACUACCAGCUGAAGGUUUUUGGACUGAUCGCUCUACAGGCCAUUUCAUUACAAGAUGAAAAAUGGGAAUUAUCAACAGAGAAUGAGAAUGCAGGAAAAUUUGAUGAUGUUGUUUUCGAAAGUGGAGAUGGUGGAAUAGAUAUUUUGAUACAAUGCAAACAUAAAAAAGGAAAGAAAGAAUCAAAGGCUCCGGUACUCGAUUGGAAAACCCUCCUUCCGAAAUAUUACAACUCCUAUAAGAUGAAAAUCUACCAGGCAACUAUUAUCAACUUGAUAAAUGAUGAAAAUAUCACAAUAGGUACAGCCAUUAGAGACUUGGGUGCAAUUGAGAAUUAUUACAUAGAGAGAAAAUUUCAAACAGAGAUCAAAGUACAAGAUAAAAAAACCAAAAUUGAAGAGAAAACAAAAAUAAUCGAACACAGAAAAAAGGAAUUCACAGAACAAGAUGUCUGCAAUUUCGUUGGUCAACCUGGAAAAUUCGUUUUAAUUUCUGAUGGAGCAGGAAAGGGCAAAACUACUGUCUUAACUAAACUUGGGUUUUUAAUAAAAAAAAUAUAUCCCAGUUCUUUCCUCAUAAGAAUUGAUCUGAAUAUGUUUACUAGCAUAUUUAGAGAAUUUGAAACAGCGAGUAAGAAAUCAAUUAAUUUAGAAGAGAUACUACAGUCGAAAGAUAAGAAUUAUUUUAAAAAUAGUUUAGAACAAAAUAUUUUCUCAAAUACAAAAAACAUCAUCCUGAUGGUCGAUGCUGUGGAUGAAAUAAGUCCGGACUACACUGAACUAGUUGAAAAUUUUAUGCUUCAAACGUCUGAACGUAAAAAUAUUUCUAAAAUAUUUGUUACAACUCGUCCUCAUUUAAAGAAGGAUUUGGAAUCCUUCCUGAAAACUGAAUCAUAUCAAUUACUUCCAUACUCAAAAUUAGAACAAACUGAUUUUCUCAUGAAAUACUGGAAGCAGAACCUCAUAAUAGAUGAUGAUGAAAAGCUAACUAAAUGUGAGAUUUAUGCAAAAACAUUGAUAAGCAAACUAGGAAAUUCGAUAGGAUACACCUCUUGGAAUUUCAUAGGCAUUCCACUCCAGACCAGAAUGAUUGCGGAAAUAUUUCAGGGCUCUGAUGACAAGAAAUACCAGUGGGUGUGUUGUAAAGAUUUUUUACUAUCUGAAAAUGAGACCUUGGAAUUACCAGAUAAGAUAAACAUAACUGAAUUAUACGAUAUGUUUGUGGAGAAGAAACGGGAUAUCUUCAUCGGAGAUAAAUGCGAUACUCAAGGAAAUGUUAUCCUGAAGGAGGCAGUUUUGAAACAAUAUGAAGACGCUAAAAAUGAGCAUCAAAAACUUGCUGCUCGAUUAUUACUCAAUGAUCACCAAUAUUCAUUGAUGGAUGUUUCCAGAACCGUUAAUAAUAUCUACAAGGAAACUAUCAUCAAAAUGGGAAUGUUACAAGAAAUUGGACACGAGCUAUUGUUCGUUCAUCAAACAUUCGCUGAAUAUUUUUUGGCUAAGGCAAUGUGGGCACAAUUGAAAGAAAUUGCAAAACGCAACAAAUUUGUGAUUUUCCUUUUGAAAGACUUGUUUAUAGACACGAAAUUUGAAAUGAUCAGAGCUUUUUUUGAGGGAAUCCUCACCAACGAAUACUCCCAAAUCCCAAUGAAGGCGAUGACGAAAGGCGCAGGACAUUCUGUGAGUGGUUUACCAGGAAAUGUCAAAAUUUUACAGAUUUCCCGCGAACAAUCAUCUGGACUGAUGAAAGCAUGGUCACUGAUCAUGGUAUCUUCGAUAGAAAAAAUACACAUUAUUGUUCACGAGAAAAUGAACAUUUAUACAUUACAGUGA